AUGGGCCUAGCAAGCCCUUGGUCGAAUACAAAUCAUGCUAACAACUUAGAUGGCGAAGCCUUGGAUGGGGCAGAGGGAGCCCCCCCUCCUGCCCCAUCACAAUUGGGGGCCGUUGUUGACGACCAUGCUAUGGAUGCGGACCAGGUGAUAUGGGUGCCUUUCGAAGCUUUCUCCUGUCAGCGGUGUCUCCAGCAGACUGUCAGGAACUUUCAAAUGCUUUCGCUUAGCGAAACAAAAGUCCACCUGAGAAAAGAGCACCCAAAGGUCAAGGUGGACUACGCCUGCAGGUUAUGCAGGCGCGUGCGAGGCAAGCAGAGGGCGGUAGCAGCGUACGCAAGAAAGUGUCGUGGGAAACAAGCCUAA